CUUCAAUUCCGAACAGCAGCAAGUGAAGCAAGCAACCACGACCAACGACAACAGCGCACACAAAUCAUCACGCCAUCAGCAAAGGACGGACGAGAGCAACCCACAGCACAUCACCCGCUCCCCCUCCCCCUUCUGUCCUCCUCCUCCACAUCGGCCCCCUCCUCGUCUCGUGGCGCUUCUGGGAGCGUUGCAGUCGUUUUGCCAAGCAAGUGAGCAUUUCCACGCUCUGACACAACCCCUCCAUCGCGUUGCUUGCUGCCCCCCAUUUUCUCCCUAAUACAGCCAACCUCCACCGCAUUGCGACGGACGUCCCCUUCAUCCCGCUCCUUUUUCCUGCUCUCGCUCCCCUCUCCCACCUCUUCCUCUGUUCCUCCUCCAGCACAAUCAUGACGACGACGCAGCCGCAGUCAUAUCGUCUUGAUGACGAGACGCUCAAGAAGCAGCCGGAGGAUGUCUUUGAUCUCCUUGACAAGCUCGGCGAGGGAUCCUACGGCGCCGUCCACAAGGCCAGCCAUAAGACGACGGGCCAGGUGUUUGCGGUGAAGAUUGUGGCGGUGGACACAGACCUGCAGGAGAUCAUCAAAGAGAUCUCCAUCAUGCAGCAGUGCGACAGCGACCACGUUGUCAAGUAUUUUGGCUCAUACUUCAAACUCUCAGACCUAUGGAUUGUGAUGGAAUAUUGCGGUGGCGGCUCCGUGGCAGACAUCAUGCGACUCAGGCGAAAACCGAUGGAGGUUGAACACAUUCAGAUUGUCGUUUCAGACGUCCUGCAGGGCCUCACAUAUCUCCACAGCCAGCGCAAGAUACACCGCGACAUCAAGGCAGGCAACAUCCUCUUGAGCGACGAGGGACACGCAAAACUCGCCGACUUUGGCGUUGCGGGCCAGUUGUCUGACAGCAUGGCGAAGCGAAACACAGUCAUCGGCACUCCGUAUUGGAUGGCGCCAGAGGUCAUCCAGGAGGUUGGCUACGACGAGAAGGCGGACAUCUGGUCCGUUGGCAUCACGUGCAUUGAAAUGGCGGAGGGGCGUCCCCCGCACGCAGACAUCCACCCCAUGCGCGCCAUCUUCAUGAUCCCAACACAUGCGCCGCCGACGCUGCGGUCGCCGUCAGCGUGGCCGUCGGCGUUCAACGCGUUUCUCUCGUCGUGUCUCGUCAAGGCACCCGCCAGCAGACGCGCAGCAAGCGACCUGCAGCAGCAUGAGUUUGUGACCUCUGCGCCGUCGUCGCGCGCUCUGCUGCUGCGCGUCAUUCACGAGACGCAGGAGAUCAUUGCUGAGCGAGGUCGGUAUCCUGCAGAGGACUCGAGUGCAAACGACGGUGGAGACGACGACGCGCAGCCCGCGGGCGUGGACGAUGCAACCAUCAUCAAGAAUGAUUCGUUGCAGCCGGUCGAUUCGUCAACAGUCGUCGUCCGUGACGAUAUCGACAUUGACACUGCAUGCGGCACAAUGGUGGUGAACGAAGCGAGCGAUGGCGAGGACGAUGCCGACACCAUGAAACAGGGCAGUGCCCACGCAUCGUACAAGCCGGCAUUCCUGGCGCACUUUGAGCAGCAGGAACAGGCACAACCGACAGAAACAAACGAGCCAGGAAUUGUCAAGCACGAGGUUGUUGAGUUGACGGAGACCGAGAUUGUUGAGCGGAUUGCGCGAUUGGACGAAGAAAUGGAGCGCGAACUCGGCGAAUUGCGACAGCUUUACCAGGCGAAGCGUGACCCCAUCACAAAGGCCAUCGAAGCCAAGCGAGCGGCUGUCUCCCAAUAACCACACCACCACCGCCGCCACCACCGCCACCAUCUCCCUCUCUCCCUUGUUGACGUCAUUGCGAUCCGAGUCAAUCGUUGCGUGUGCCCCUCGCCCUUCUCCAUGUUCCAUUUGCUGGCUCCAACGGCUGUUGCAUCUUCUCUCCUCUCAUCAUGGUUGACUGUUUUCUCGCUCGAGCGCUGUGGCUCCCUGUCGUUGUGCAGCCCAUGCUGCAACGUUGUUACAUUACUCCUCUUCCGCCUUUUGUUGUCGUGUACGGGCUUGACCUGUCGCUCCGUGUGUGUGUGUGUGUGUGUGUGUGUGUGUGUGUGUGU